GUCAACUUGUCUUACGCUUAGCAAGAACAUUUCAUCCUGUUUUUAAUUCUGCGAUUCUUUGCAACUACAUAACAAAAAGAGAUAUGUAUACGAUGAAUCCCGUGAAGAAUUCGCAGCUUGAUUUAUCAAUAUUGUUCCAAUUUUCACGACAUAAACAAAGGCGGAUAUUAGGACAGUAUUUAUUUCCGUUGGUUUAUAACAUAUACCCGAAUUUUAUGCCUGACAAGCUCACAGAUAUCCUAUUAGAUAUCAAUUCUCUUGGAGUAUUAAUAUCUAUGCUAAAUGAUCCGGAAUUGUUCCAUCUCAAACUCAACGGUGCUAUCAACGUGCUUCAAACUUAUUAUGCUAUGAAAAGUAACAUCGAGGAACCACAAGAUCGAAAUCAUCUGUAUAUACAUCGUGAUGCUUAAAUUUGCUUGUUUAACGCCGAGAUA